ACCUGCCAAGAAUUUUAUAAAAGUUAGUGAUUUGAAGGACUGGGUCUCUUCACUUGCAACCACCGCACCAGAAGCUUGUAGCAGCAGAGGCCGUGUCCACACACAGGCAAGCCACCAUGACCCACCAAUUCCCAGCACUGUCUCCAGAGCAGAAGAAAGCUCUUUCAGACAUUGCUCAGCGGAUUGUGGCUUCAGGAAAGGGGAUCUUAGCUGCAGAUGAAUCAGUAGGCACCAUGGGGAACAGGCUGCAGAGGAUUAAUGUGGAGAACACAGAGGAGAAUCGCCGUGCCUUUCGUGAGAUCCUCUUCUCUUCAGAUGCUUCCAUCAACCAGAGCAUCGGGGGAGUGAUCCUCUUCCACGAGACCCUCUAUCAGAAAGACAGCAGUGGAAAGCCAUUUCCAGCCCUCAUCAAAGAAAAAGGCAUUGUAGUGGGAAUAAAGCUGGAUAAAGGCACAGCACCUCUAGCAGGAACAAAUGGAGAAACAACCAUCCAAGGGCUGGACGGACUGGCUGAGCGCUGUGCUCAGUACAAGAAAGAUGGUGCUGACUUUGGCAAGUGGCGUGCAGUGCUGAAGAUCACAAGCACAACACCCUCUGAACUCGCCAUCCAAGAGAAUGCCAACACGUUGGCACGCUAUGCCAGCAUCUGCCAGCAGCAUGGCUUGGUGCCCAUUGUGGAGCCAGAAAUCUUGCCUGAUGGAGACCAUGACCUCCAGCGCUGUCAGUAUGUCACAGAAAAGGUUCUGGCUGCUGUCUACAAGGCCUUGAAUGACCAUCAUGUAUACCUGGAGGGGACACUGCUGAAACCCAACAUGGUGACAGCUGGGCACUCCUGCCCCAAGAAGUACACCCCUCAGGAUGUAGCUGUAGCAACCGUCACUGCUCUUCUCCGCACCGUUCCUGCUGCCGUUCCUGGCAUCUGCUUCCUUUCUGGAGGCCAGAGUGAAGAGGAGGCUUCUGUCAACCUGAACGCUAUGAAUCAGUCCCCUCUGCCCAAGCCUUGGAAACUGACCUUUUCCUACGGGAGAGCCUUGCAAGCCUCUGCCCUGGCAGCAUGGGUGGGCAAAAGUGAGAACAAGAAGGCUGCACAGGAGGCCUUCCGCAAGCGGGCACAGAUUAACAGCUUGGCUUGCAGAGGACAGUAUGUCACAUCUGGGAAGACUGACACAGCUGCCGCGCAGUCACUUUUCACUGCCAGCUACACCUACUGAAAGCACAGGAACCUUCCUUCGUCCUGUGCCUCUUCAGAAGGUGGAAGUGUUCAGAAAUGAAAGAAAAGCAAAGUAAUCUAAUUUCCUUUAGCCUAAACAAAACUGGGGAUAAAAUGCAUUAGCUACUUCUCCACACUUUGCUCCCACAAUUUUCCAAAGGAAUACUCUUGUUUCAUCUGCACUUUUCAAGGAAGGGGAUUUAUUUCCAUACAACAAACAGCUGCCAAUGAAUCACAGACCUACCCUCCCUCUGGUUUAAAUUUAGACCGCAGAAUAGUAGGCAGAUUAAGUAG